CGUCUACUGUACUUUAUAUAAAUACAAUGGUCGAAUUCUGCUAGUACAGAUUUUCAUAGCUUCAGUCUCAGACGUCAAACACCCCGACUAGAGCGUUUUGAGAAAGUGCUCUUGACCAAGUUCCGUUUAUCAGCCGAAGCUGAAAUUCUCCCUAUCACUCGACUGCUAAAGUUGCUGUCCAACUGUCGAAAAAAUAGAGGAACGAAAUGUCUACGUCCACUCUUCCAGAUGAUAGUGACUCGGUGAAAGAGAAAAGACCGAUCGUGUCGAUUAUUGGCGACCUCACGCCGCUCGCUAGCGGCGACGAGAAGAAGAAAGUUGACUUAUCCGUCGUUGAUGUGGAUGCCGAGAAGACAUUGACUCGUAUCAAUGAGCUUGCCAAUACAUACUGGGACGACGACGGUUCUGUUGAUCCUGUCACUCAAUUCUUGUACAAUGUGGUACAGGAGACGACACUUGAGAGAGGUCUUGAGAUCUUGAAAGAGGCCUACGACGAGCAUUUUGACGACGUCAAUUUUCCACCCAAGGACCUUGAAUACAUCCGAACUCUUUCGUUGGGCUACGAGCAUUUUCAAGGUGACCUUGAGUCUUAUGCUUUGGACGUAAGAGUUAUGGCUGCUCUGAUCGACUCACAUUCGCCAUAUCCUGAGGUGCGAGCUGUUUGUGAUCCAUUCGAUGACCCCACGGUUCCGGUAGAGACAAUCCGCGCCUACGUUCUCGGUCUCAUCUGGGUUGCAAUCGGCGCUUUCGUUAACGAGUUUUUCCAACAACGUCAGCCACAUCUGAGCAUCACGUCGACUGCUAUCCAGCUACUUCUAUAUCCAUGUGGUACAUUCUGGGCCAAGGUAGUACCAGACUGGGGCUUUGUAUUCCGCGGGAAUCGCAUCAGCCUUAAUCCUGGACCAUGGUCGAACAAAGAGCAGAUGUUAGCCACGCUUAUGGUGAACAUUGCUGCGACCACUCUCAAUUUUGCGUCAUACAUCAUCGUCAUGCGCUUGGAAAUGUUUUUCAACUUGAAAUGGGUUUCGUUUGGGUUCAUGUUUGUCAUGAACCUAUCGACUCUGUUCUUCGGUUUUGGAUUGGCUGGAAUGAUGCGUCGAUGGGUAAUCUACCCGGUGAAGACUAUGUGGCCCACAGUGCUUCCGACGCUGGCUCUCAAUCGUGCGCUUCUAGUCCCCGAAAGCCGCACGAAUAUACACGGCUGGACGAUUUCGAGGUACCGGUUUUUCUUUACGGUGCUGAUCGCGUCGUUCCUCUACUUCUUCAUCCCCGACUACCUAUUCAAAGCUUUGAGUUACUUCAACUGGAUGACAUGGAUCGCGCCUCAAAACAAAAAUCUGGCAAUUAUCACGGGCUCUUACAUUGGAUUGGGUUUUAAUCCGAUCUCUACCUUUGAUUGGUCCUUGAUCAACUAUACUGUGCCACUGACGGUUCCUUUUUUUUCCCUUGUGAACCGAUACCUUGGAAUGGUCUUUGGUUCUUUCAUCUUGAUUGGAUUCUACUGGAAGAACUACAAAUGGACGUCUUACAUGCCCAUAAACUCUGCGACUUUGUACGACAAUCUCGGAAAAAAGUACAAUACGAGUCGGGUAUCGAGCAAUCUCGUGCUUAACGAAGAGGCCUAUUUGAAUUACUCGCCUCCCUAUAUCUCUGCUGGAGCGCUGCUGCUGAAUGGUGGCCUGUUCACUCUUUAUGUGCUGGCGUUUACCUAUGUGAUGUUGACGGAGCAUCGGCUACUAUGGAAGGCUCUCAGGAACCUCUGGUUUGCCAUACGUCAUCCGCGUACCUCAACGAUGGCGGAGUUUAACGACCCUCAUACGAGGAUGAUGAGGAAGUACAAAGAAGUCCCAGACUGGUGGUACCUUUCUGUUUUGGUUCUUUCUUUCGUAUUUGGAGUCAUCGCGGUCACGCACUGGCCUACAGGCACGCCAGUAUAUGGCAUCGUCGUCAUUGCGCUUUUGAGUAUCGCUAUGCUGAUUCCCAGUACAGUGGUGUACUCAAUCACGGGAUAUGAGCUCAAUAUCUACUAUUUUGCUGUCGUGAUCACCGGAUACAUGUGCCCAGGUAAUGGGAUGGCAAAUAUGCUCUGUCGGCUUUACGGGAAUAACAUCGACGUUCAAGGAGAGUCGUUCAUUUCCGAUCAGAAGCUAGGACAUUACAUGAAGCUUCCACCGCGGGCGGUAUUUCGGGCGCAGAUGAUUGCGGUGUUUGUACAAGGUUGUAUCUGCAUUGGCGUUGUGCAGUUCUGCAUGGACUCGAUUGAGGAUUUUUGCAGUACAACGCAAGCAGACAAGUUCACCUGUACUUUCCCGCAUCAGCUCUACUCGCAAACAAUCAUGUAUGGCAUUAUUGGACCCCAAAGGAUCUUUUUCACGUUGUAUCCGGUCCUCAAGUACUGCUUUUUGAUUGGAUUUUUGAUUGCGAUCCCGGCAUACGCUUUGAAGCUCUACUUUCCCAGGGUUAUGAUGUAUUUCCAUCCUAUCCUAUUUGCCAAUGGGUUCAGUAGAUGGGGCUCUACCUACAAUCUGUCGUACUAUACCCCUGGUCUUAUCGCUGGAUUUGUUUUCAACAAGUAUAUCAAGCACCGAUACGUCAGAUGGUGGACAAAGUACAAUUACGUUCUUACUUCUGGUUUGUCGGCAGGAGUUGCAUUUGGGGGAAUUGUGAUCUUCCUUGCUCUGCAAUACACUAAUACUUCGCUGGAAUGGUGGGGGAACAGUGUUUAUUCGCAAGGUGUUGACUUUGCAAAAACGGCGACUUUGAAGACAGUGCCAGAGGGCGGGUUUGGAUUGAAAGUAGGACAGUUUUCCUGAUAUGGUGGAUGUUGAAGAUAUAUUUGUUGAGCAUGCUUAUAGUCAGAAUAAAAUAUCGUGGGGUCAAACCAUUUAUUAUAGUUUUAUAUAUCAUCGCUAAAAUGGGCCUAUCAUGUUUGUUGUGAUGGCUGUAUAGUU